AGGAGGAAGAGGAGGAGCAGUAGCUUCACUCGGGUCUACAUUCAGUCUGAGAUCAGAAGGUGGUUUUUCCUCCCUCUGAAGACAAUCUGACGGGAUGACGACGGCUUCCUGAGAGAUAUAGAGAGAGACGUCCUCCCCCCUGUUUCCACGGUGACGGCAUCCCCCCAUCAUCCUCCUCCUCCUCCUGCUGCUGCUGCUCCUUUUCCUCCUGCAUCUCUCUGUGUCCGGCUGCCGUCGGCUCGUCUGUGUCGUCAGGAUGGGAGAUAAAGGAACCAGAGUGUUUAAGAAGGCCAGUCCCAACGGAAAGCUCACAGUCUACCUGGGGAAGAGAGACUUUGUGGACCAUGUGGACCUGGUAGAGCCUGUCGAUGGUGUUGUUUUGAUUGACCCAGAAUACUUGAAGGAGAGGAAAGUGUUCGUCACUUUGACCUGUGCGUUCCGAUAUGGUCGGGAGGAUUUGGACGUCCUUGGUUUAACAUUUAGGAAGGACCUCUUUGUGGCGAACAUCCAGGCAUUUCCUCCACUGCCUGAAGAGAAGAAGAGUCUGACUCGUCUUCAGGAACGUCUGAUUAAAAAAUUGGGAGAACACGCCUAUCCGUUCACCUUCGAGAUUCCUCUGAACCUCCCGUGCUCUGUCACCCUGCAGCCGGGACCAGAAGACACCGGGAAGGCCUGUGGAGUCGACUUUGAAGUGAAGGCUUUCUGUGCAGAUAACCUGGAAGAGAAGAUCCACAAAAGGAACUCAGUGCGUCUGGUAAUCAGGAAGGUGCAGUACGCUCCGGAGAAACCCGGUCCUCAGCCGACAGCCGAGACAACCAGACAGUUCUUGAUGUCGGACAAACCUCUGCACCUGGAGGCAUCCCUGGACAAGGAGAUUUAUUACCACGGCGAGCCCAUCAGCGUGAACGUUCAUGUCACCAACAACACCAAUAAGACAGUGAAGAAGAUGAAGAUCUCAGUGCGACAGUACGCAGACAUCUGCCUGUUCAACACGGCGCAGUACAAAUGUCCCGUGGCUGUCGAGGAGUCGGAUGAUGUUGUUGCUCCCAGCUCAACUUUCUGCAAAGUUUUCACCCUCACUCCCUUCCUGGCCAACAACCGGGAAAAACGAGGCCUCGCUCUGGACGGAAAGCUGAAGCAUGAAGACACCAACCUGGCCUCCAGCACUCUCCUGCGAGAAGGAGCCAACAGGGAAGUCCUUGGCAUUAUCGUGUCCUACAAAGUCAAAGUAAAGCUGGUGGUGUCGCGAGGCGGGCUUCUUGGAGAUCUGGCUUCCAGUGACGUUUCUGUUGAGCUGCCCUUUACGUUAAUGCACCCAAAGCCGUUGGAGGAGUCCAUCUACAGAGACGCUCCAGAUGAAGCUCCGAUCGACACUAACCUGAUUGAGUUUGACACAAAUGAUGAUGACAUCAUAUUUGAGGACUUCGCCCGCCAGCGGCUGAUCGGCGCAAAAGACGAGAAGGAGGAGGAUGAGGAACCAGUGGACUCACCAAAACCUGAUGACAGAUAAAGGCGACAGGCGUCAUCGCCGCCAUUGUUGUUGUUUUGCUGCUGUUUGUAGUGUGGAGAUGGCAGAGGUUACCUAUUGGCCGGACACCGUCCAAACACUCGGUGGUGGUGUGUUUAUGUGUUUGUUCAUGUCCGUCCUCUCUCUGCGUCCCGCAGGGUGUAGAAAACCGCAGCCUUGUGUUGUGAGGUCGAGCCUCGGCAGGAAUUCUGAGCCGACGCUGUGGCGACCGCUGGAAGCAUGCCUCUCUUUCUUCUUUGUAUUUCCAUUAGAGACCAACCAGGGGUUUGGUUGUGUUGAGAUUAACUUCAGUAUUUUAUGUCAAAUGGGUCUUCAUAAACAAAAGCACUGCCAACUUCAGACAAUUUUCAACAGCUCACCACUAGAUCAACAUCAGGGUCUUCAGAUGGUUACUUAUGUCUGCGGAUGAUGGUGAUGCACCAACCCAACGAGAAGAUUGGAACCAGCGCAUGAAAUAUAUCAAUAUUUUAUAGUUUAUUGAGGUCACAAAUAAUUAAGUUAGCCUCGAUUUGUUGUUACAUGUUGAUCAUUGUCCAAAUCAUCAUCAUUAGUGCUAAAAAUAAUUUUCCAGCUGAUGAAGCUAAUGGCUAGUGUCAGUGCCACCAUAUGUUGAAAUACCCCUGAGGUGGUACGAUUAAAGAAAGGCUGCGGGACCCACUGAAACAUGCUUGUUUUAGCCAAAACUCACUGUGAGCCUGAUUCAGAGAUCAUUAUAAUUCAAUAACUGAUCCACACUUAUUCCACAAAAUUCUCAGAGUAUGGAAAUUCUGAUAAACCCAACAAUGGUUCUGACUUACAGGUUUAGCCUUUACUAUAAGGUCAAUGAAAAGCGGCCUUAAUUAAUGAUACUUUUAAUAAAUGGUUCCAACAACUGGUGUGCAGACCAAUCAGCCAUAACAUUAUGACCACCCUAAUUUGAUUAGUUAUCUCACCUACAGAUGCUAAAUUGGGUUGCGAUCUGGAGGACUGGAUGCCAGGACAACAUCUCAGAAUGGUUGUUGUGUUUCUCAGACCUCUCACAGGUGUCUUGUAUCUUGAAGCUUGUGUGCAGUGUGACAGGGAGCAUCAUCCUCAGACCAAUAGUGAAUAGUUUCAUGAAGAGGCUGGGCAGUUUAGGUAGGAAAUGCAUAUGAAAGUAGCAUUUAAAUGUGUUUUGGAUCCCUUGUCCAAAGCAUCCUACCAUUGUUAGGUCCUGACAAAACAGAGCUGAAACACCUGAGCUGCCACUGUGUAGAUGCUUGGACCCAGGUGUCUAACCAUCCCAGUUUGGUUCCAGGUACCAUCCCUAAAAAGCUCAUGCUGACAGUCUUUUACUGUUUCCUACAACUUCAAGGACAGAAAUAUCCCCUAAGGACUCCGGUAUCACUUCACACCAGAGAACCAGUUAUCAGUGGUCAUCAUGUUUUGGCAGAUGGAUAUCCUUGUUGUGAUGCAUAUCCUCUCUAUGUCAUUUCCAUGGUCCAAUUAGGUCCAUCCCGUCCUCUAUUGGAUCGUCAUCUUCUGUACCUCCUGGAGUUCUUAUUUAUACUUCUUCGCUGUGGGUCGGCCUCCAGCCCACUGGCCACUGGGUGCCACUGGGUGCACCACAGUCUUGUAGACCUCUGGCUUUUAUGACUCCUACCGCCAUCUUCUUGUAGCUAAUCACCUAUUAAACCUGGUUCCAUUUGGGCCAAACUGGUCUUUCUCCUUUGACUCACCACAUACAUUCUUGUACAGUGCUGUGAAAAAGUAUCUGAGAUGCAUUAAGGAAGCAGCGGUCGACCAACCAAAAUUACUCCGAGAAUGCAUCAACGACUCUUCCUAAAGGUAACAAAGACAACCAGAACAUCUUCUCAAGCACUGCAGGCCUCACUGCCUCAGUUUGGAGUUCAUGAUUCAACUAUAGAAAACAGAGACUAUUGCAACAAUGGCCUUCAUGGGAAAGUUCUAAACUGCUGCCGAUCCGGAAGAACACAAAGGCCUGUCUCACAUUUAACAACAGAACCAUCUGAAUGAUCCCUAGGACAUUUGGAAAAACAAAAGCUUUUGGGUGGCCUAGUCAAAGUCCAAACUAAAUCUGGUCCAAAGGCUGUGGCAUUAUCUCAAAUGAGCCGUUCCUACUGGAAAAUCCUCCAAUGUGGUUGAAUUAAACUAAUUCUGCAAAGCAGAAAAAAAUCCUCCACAUUGAUUUACAAGACUCCUCACAAACACCUGAUGGAAGAUGUUGCUGCAUAGCACAACCAGUGAAUAGAUUAAAGGUGCAAUUACUUUUUUUUAUAUAGAGCCAAGUUGGUUCAGAUGGUUCUGGUUCUUCCCCCUCAGUAAAUGAAGUCAUCAUUUAAAAAACUGCUUUCUGCAUUUACUCAGGUUAUCUUUGUCUGAUAUGAACAUUUGUUGAUGAUCUGAAGCAAAACCAGGAGGAAUCUGUAAGAGGUAAAUACUGUUUUACAGCCCUGUACAUGCAUUAACUUGUAAUUCUGUUGAGAAAAACUGUUGGGUGUGUAUCGCCACCUUCUGGUGGUAGUUUGUAAAGCAGUUAUACUAGAGGAUGAAAUCUCUAGACGUUUUGACAAUAUUCUCAUAUUUUUUUAAGAUCACAGCUGGGUCCUCGUAUCAUUUACACAUCGCCAGGUGUAGUUUAAUCUACACACACCUGUAAUUAACUGUGGCUUUCUCUCAGUGGGCUGAGUUUUAUUUAAAAAUGACGUUGCUGCUCUUAAACUGUCUGUUCCUUUAAAACUGAUGAUGAUGAUCUGUAACCUGCUCAGCACCGGUGUCAUAUGUUAACAGAGUUUUUCUACUAGUCAUCCCUGUGGCCCUUUAAUGACGGUUUGUUUAUUAUCGCCUGAUUUGAUUGUAAAGUGAGAUUCCUGACAGAUGUUCCUCCAUGUGGACAGAUGUUGCAUUUGAGUCUGCACCGCUGAAAGACAUCUGGUGGUCUUUGCGAUGUGAUGUAACAGGAUGAGGAAGGAACACAUCAUAUCAUGUGUUUAUACUUUAGUUCAAGUUGUGGUUUUUUUGAUAUCGUCAGAGGAAGCUUGUAUUUUCCCCACAGUCUUUAUUAAAAACAAUAUUAGAAGCUC